AUGGAGGAGACCGCGGGUAAGGGUGGCUCUAGUCAGAGGGUGCGUGAUGAUAGAGAUGAGUGGGAUGAGAAUUCACAUGGUUUAAGCUGGUGGUUCAUGGUGGUUAUUGGGUGGCAUACGACGGUGAUUUGGGUGGUGUGGUCAAGGCGAGAGAUGCUUAAUGGAGGUUGGCACAGUGAAAUGGGGGUCCGCGGGGGGUGUAUUGGGUUGCUCAUGGUUGAGUUGUACGAUUAUGGCCGAUUGGUGAUGCUGGGUGGUUGGGAGAGUGAUGAUUUGGAGGCGAUGAUGAAUUGGCUCCUUGGAUGA